UCUUAGCUAUUUCGUCAACAGCUGAGUUGGCUGGUGGGAGGUUUGUAGGUGUGAUCAGAGGUGGUACAGCUGCAGCCAUGCUGGUGCGGCUGCUGCUGCUGCUGGUGUACCUGUGUCUGCUGCUGGUGGCCGUCAGGCUGCUGGAGGCAGUCACCUGGUUCGAGGCCGGUUUCCUGGCUGGACAGGUGCUGGAUCCACUGUCCAUCAGUGUGCGGAGAUUGAAGAUGAUCCUGGAUUCCCGAGGCGUCAGUUAUAAAGGCGUGUUGGAGAAGAGAGAACUGACAGACCUGGUGGAGAACUCAGGUGAGCCAAAAGAAGGUGAAGUUUUGCUGGCUGCUGAAGAGGAAGACACAGAGCCAACCAGCACCAACUUCACAGGGGGAGCCCACUUCUAUGAGGAGGUUGAGGACACCAAGGACAGCGUCUGGCUUGUACAGGUCAUACCUGAAGACCACAUUCCCUUAUUAGGACCCCGACAGUGGAAAAGUCUGGUCAGGAAAGUCUCACGGUUUGGGAUAAGAACAGGAACCUUCAAAUGCCAGCUGGACAGAAAACUGUGUUGGAGAAAAGGCUGGGAUCGACCCAGCCUGGCCCUUGCCCUCCCUCGCGGUCACCAGGCCAAAGGUCACAUCUCUGUGCGAGUCUUCAACACCCCCAGCAAAGAGCAGACCAUUCUAGACUGGAUCAACCAACAUCUGUCCUCCCGGACCCACUCUGUCCUGUCACCACACCAGCUACAGACAGACUGGCUGAUGAAGAACCAGACGCAUCCGGUUCAGGUUGUCUUCUUCUCCCGGCUCAAGCAACCGCCCAUGUUCUACUCCGCCCUGAGUGUCAAGUUCACUGGCAGGGUCAAGUUUGGCUACAUGAGGCUGAACGAAAGCCGCAACAGCCUGGACAUAUCAGGGAUAGAAAAGAUCCCCGGCAUCCUGGUCAUCACUCCGGAGAGGAGGUACUGGUACGGGACAGGGAAGGGAGAGCUGCUGAACCUGCAGUCUAUGCAGACGUACUUAAGGACUAUGCAACCGGAGGUGAAUGACGUGUUCCUGCUGUGCCUGGUGCUGGUGAACCUGAUGGCGGUACUGGAAGUGUUCCUGUGUGGAGGACAGGUGGGGAGGGGGGUGCUGAGGCUGCUGUGGGCGGUGGGGAAGUACAACUGCGUGCUGCUGAUGGUGUGUCUGCCCGUGGUGGGGCUGUUCCAGCUGCCCUGUAUGCAGGGCGUGGUCCAGGCCGGGCUCACGGCUCUCCGCAACAUCAGCAGCUCGGCCCUCGUGGCCCAGGCGCGGCAAGACUGGCUACUCUACUCCUCGCACAAACCAUUCCUCGUGGGAACCUUCCUCUUAUACAGCAUGGCUGCCGGCAUCGUGGCGUCAAGAUGGAAGUCCGAGGAGGAAAUGACUACGGAGACGACGCCCACGGAACAGGCAGGGACCAAUGGAUGGUGGAGCUCGUUUAUGAACUACUUGUUUCAACCAAUCAGCACCUUCAACCACACCCGCCCGCCCAACCUGAUCGGACUGGAGGACGGGCUGGACUACCUGAUUGAACGGCUGGCUGUUCCAGACUUGUGGCUGCACCCCGUCAUUCCCACCGACUACGUACGAAAUCUGCCCGUCUGGCUUUACAAGGGAAAAACGCCCCUCGUGACAAAAGUUUGCUCCAAAUGUUGCGGCUGGGGGUCGUCUGCAGAUCAAGCCGCUAUGGUGAUGAAGCUGCCAACAACCGCUGGUCACUCCGAUUCCUCCAACCGUGUCAUGAAUUUGCCCCCCUCCCCCGGCCGCCCAGGUCAUAGAUCCCCUUCUUCGACGCGUCAAUCAUCGCAACCUCACAAAUGUAACAAGACCCCCUCUGCAUGUGACACCCCCUUAGAUCAUACGGACAACCUUGGUUCUGAUUUGGCAAAAUGCACCUGUGGGGAAAGGUCAAAAGCUGCACCCACCGGUCAAGGUCAUGUGUAUAGCAAUCAUAACAUGAACGUUCCAUCCAAACAUGCCAACAACCCUUCCAGCCACGACACACCACCUGUUCUGCCCGCCAACCUGGACAAACCUUGUACCUGUGGAAACCCCCAACAGACCCCCUCUGCCUCAGGUUUCCCCCUGGGGAUCCUCCACUGCGAGGACUGUGCCAUCUGCCUAGAGGAGUAUGAAGUGGGCUGUUCCCUUCUCGGCCUGCCCUGCGGACACAGCUUCCACGAGAGGUGCAUCAUGAUGUGGCUGUCAGCAGGGAACCACUGCUGUCCUGUGUGCCGCUGGCCAGCCUUCAAAUUUAAACCUGCACUCCAUCUUCACUCAGAAUAACCUCAGAUUAGCCUUUCAGUGUGAACCUUAGCUUUGUCUCCACUCAGAAUAACCUCAAAUUAACCUUUCAAUGUGAACCUUAGCUUUAUCUCCAUUCUGAAUAAACCUGUGUCAGUCUUAGCUUCAUCCCCACUCAAAAUUAACCCACGUGCACCCUCAAGUGCAUUCUGUAAUCACUAAGACUAAACCUGUAUCAGACUUUCAGUGUGAAGGGCUUAGCUCCAUCUCAAAUCCAUGUCAGCUACAAAAUAAAGCUGUGCUCCUACACUAUUUGUACUAAUGUAAGCCUUCGAAUGUAACCACUGCAUUUCAGUUUCAUUCAGUUUGGCAAAAUAUCUAUUUCUGUCAUUAGCAGCCCCUAAUUUUUCAAUGCUUCAGUCUUAAAUAAUGCUUUGUAAGCCUUCAAAUGUAGAUCUGCACUCCAAUGUCAGUCGGUAUUGCUGCAAAUUAUGCAUAACUGAUGUUGUUAGCAGCUUAAAUGUUUCAAGGUCUGAGUCUGUUGAAUCAUGGCUAUUAUAAUGGUCUUGAUGUGAUUCAAGUCAAUUUGGGGGUAACAUCAUACAUGUAUGUAACGUUACAUGUACAAUGGAGGUGUCCAAUUCAUAUUCAAUUUACAUAUCACUUCUGCCACAUGAUUACAAACUGAUAACUAGUACUAUUGAGACUUUCUGGGAAUACACAGGUUUGAGACAGGCACUAAUAGCUGGUAUUUAAUAUAAUUUAUCUUAUAUUAUCCUCUCCAAAAUUUUCUUUAAAUUAUGAAAUGUUCAGUUGGAGCUUAAAACUCGUGCCACAGAAAGUAUUCAGAUUUUAUUGUGUCAGAAUAGUUACAAAGUCAGAUUAAAGCAAAAUUUAAGUUACAAGAAUUAACUUUACUGCAAAUAAGAGAAAUGGAAAGUGUUACAUCACUCUGUACCUUCCAAGACAUAUAUUUCAGCUUUGUAAAAUCUGCCUCAAGAGACAAUGAUGCAAUAGGAUCCCAUGUACACAUUACAGACAUGUCUGGAGUCCUGGGAUAGAGUUAUGGCUAUACAAUACAGUUGAAAAAUGGAAACUACAUGUACUGUCAUGUAGACACGAGGCAAUUAAAGAGACAUAAUAGCAAAA